GAAAAUGGGUGUGGGUGGGUGGGUGGUGGGGGGUGAGUGUUUGUGGUGGUAGAAAAGACUGGUGGAGUUGUUGUCGUGUGCAUAUCCCACCACUCUGCGCACGCUAGCAACUUCCACCACUCUUACCCCCCUUAUUCAUUCAAUGCUCCCACCGCUAUCUUGCCUAACUUCUUCAUCUUCUUCUUCCACCUAAUAACAAAUAUAUCCAGAUUUGCUUUUCUCUUAACCCUCUUCCUCGAUAUCUAUCAUCAUCCAUGGCCGAUCCUGAACCUCAAUCUCAGACGACUACUGUUGUUGCUGUUACUACUAUCCCUCCUCCUAAUCCUAAUCCUAAUCCUUCUCCUCCUCCCGAAAAGCCUCCCCGCAAAUUCCCCGCUCCUUGUUGGACUCAAGAAGAGACCCUUGCCUUAAUCGAAUCUUACAAAGACAGAUGGUACGCCCUCCGCCGAGGCUAUCUCCGCACCGCCGAUUGGGAUGCCGUCUCCGCCUCCAUCGCCACCCGAUGCCCUGCCCAAGGACUCCCCAAGACCUCCGCUCAAUGCCGACACAAGAUGGAGAAGCUCCGCCAGCGCUAUCGAACCGAAAAGCAACGUUCUCUCUCUUUAACAGGUCGAUUCCUCUCCUCCUGGUUCUUCUUCGAUAAUAUGGAUUCCAUGGAAAAUGGACCCAAUCAUAAGAAACUUGAACAUGGAAUUGAAUCUGCUGCUACUGCCGGCGGUGGUGGUGUCAUCCGGAUCAAGACGGUCAACGAUCGUGAUUUCCCCGAUUCACUUCUCGGGAUCAACAACUGUACUAGUAACAAUAAUAAUAAUAAGAAGAAGCAGCUUGGCGGCGGAGGGAAAUCGACAUACGGUCAUCAUGAUGGAACCGAUCCAGGCGACCAAAAUUCUGCCAUUCUUGGGAUUAGGGCAGCAGCAAAGGGUUAUUCUCCUAAUUUUGAUCCCAGGACUGCAAAUAUCUAUUCUUCUUCUUCUUCCUACGUAUAUGAUGACGAUCUUCACGUUAACGGAAAGAAGCCGGGAAAAAACCGGGCUGGUUUUGAUUUCAACAACACAAUCAACAACGGCGCCGGUAUUAUAGGGUUUAGUGCAAACUUACCGGUAAAUCAUAACAUUGUUUACGCUGCUGCUGCUGGUUACGGUGCCAAAAAAACAGGGAAGGUUUAUGUUAAUAAUCCAGACCACGAUUACCAACAACACAACAACGACGGUAGUGGUGGUCUCUGCUUGAAGAUUUCCGGUGAAAGAAUCUCGGUUCCUUCGGUUUUGAGGAUGAAGGAGUGUGAUGGGGGGAAUCCAUUUGAUGAUAGAAGAAAGAUGGAGAACAGAGGAGUUUUUAAGAAGAGGAAGGAAGGAUGUCCAAUUUCUGAGAUGGCAUCUUCUAUAAAGAUGCUGGGAGAAGGUUUUGUGAAGAUGGAGAAGAUGAAGAUGGAGAUGGCUAGGGAAGUUGAGAAAACGAGAAUGGAAAUGGAAAUGAAGCGUAAUGAAUUGAUACUGGAAUCACAGAGACAGAUAGUUGAUGCUUUCCUUACUGUAUUAUUGGAAACUAAAAAGAAGAAGAAGAAGAAACCUGAUGAGACUCAGGCAUAAUCUAAUCAUAAUAUAUAAUAUAUAAAUAGUUUAGUUUCCAAUAAUUGCUUCAUUUCUCUAUCUUGAAUCUUGAUCGAUCAUUUGAAGAAGUUCAAACCAAGUGAAAGAUGUAUUAUGACCUCAUGAAUGUGGUGUUUUUCCCAUUCAUGGACUGUAAUUUAUGGGUUUGUUUUUAGUACUA